AUGAAACAAGGUGCAAUGUUAAUUAAUACAAGUCGUAGUGGUUUAGUCGAUACAAAGGCUCUUGUUGAGUGUCUUAAAUCAGAAAAAUUACGAGGAGCUGCACUUGAUGUUAUGGAUAACGAUACAUUAGCAAGUUUAAUUUCAAUGCCAAAUACAAUUGUUACAUCACAUCGAGCAUUUCUUACCGAAGAAGCAUUAAAAACAAUUGCUGAAUCAAUUGUUCAAAGUUUUCUUAAUUUAUUUUUAAUGAAUAAAAAACUGAUGCAGUAA